CCGGUCUAGACAUCGUGUGCGAUCUUUGUUGCUGUUCGCAUUCUUCCCCUGUGUUCUCACAAGACGCCUGCACCCGCCGUUCGCGUCGUGGACAUUCCGCGUUGGCCUGUUCCCCGCUCACACGGUUGCUUUUCGCGAGACACGUCUCCAUCCUUCUGCACGUAUCCCUAGGCUUCUAACAUCAGGCUACUCAAACCUCAAGUAUUAUUCUCUCUGGACGAUACGACUGCGCAGCUGCACUCUCCACGAGUCGCCAUAGGAUACGAUUCGAUGUUUAACGGCGGGCAUGCGCUGCCCACUACAUACCCCGCCACAAUCAUGAGCAACCUGAAUGCCGCACACCCCUCCAACAUCUCCAAACUCUACAAUCGCGAUCUCCCAGACUCGCAAGAGUCCUUUGUGUCUGCUUCAUCUAGAACAUCGGCCGCGCCGCGCCUGCUCUUGUCGUCGAGUAACAUAUCCAAUGCAACAGUUCCCGACACGGAAUUCACGUCUCCCUCGUCCUCCAAUGCGCCCUCGAGCCAAAGCCAGCUCCUGGAGCCAGCCAUGCUGCUAUCUCCGACCAGAGCUCGCGGUGUAAAUUCGCGGCCGAAUGCACCGCGGAUCGAGACCGACAACGCGCCGCGAACCACUGACAAAACAGCGAGUCCCAUGUCGAUCGACUCCCCUGUGUUGGCUCAGGCAUCUAAGAGAACUGCCAGUGGGACUGUGAAGAGUGCUGGAUUGACAGUAGACAGCUCUGUCGCGGUCGCCAGCGGGCAUAGGAGAACAAUCAGCGUCGAGUCCAACUCGAACCCACGCAUCGGAGAGCUAUCUGCGCAACUUCGGACUCGACUUUCCUAUGCCAUGGUCAAGGUGCAGAAUGGUUGGGAGAAGCAGUCCCUCGAGGAACUAGAGGAACUCCCAUCUCAGCGCGGUUCCCCAAACUCUACUCACGCGAAGAGUGAAGGGUCUCGGCUGCCCUUUGAUUCACCCCAAUCUACAGAGCGCCGACGCCGUCCCAGUGGUGUAUCUGUAAACUCUGACCAGAUGAUAAUGUCCCCAGGUCAGAGCAGCCCUUCAAGCGUUUCACGAUCGCUCGCAGCCACUUCCUCUUCAUACUGGCAGUCAGGACCGAGGUCUCAGAGGCAAUCUUCGGCCAGCCAGCACACGGUCACCUUUGCGGAGACCGGCCCAGUAUUGGCGCCUGCGCCUGAGAUAGAACCCCGAAGAAAGCGUCGAUCGAGUGCCUCUCAUGCACCUCCACCUUUGCUGUCUUCAACUCAGCGUAAGCAUUAUAGCGACCUAGGUGGCGCACCUCGAACCCCAACCACUGCUCCCAGAUCAGGCAUUUUGAGAAUGCCAAGUCAACAAGCCGAGAAAGAUGCGGUAGACACGCUGCUGUUCAUGAGCAGCCCCAACAAUUCCAGUCGCGUGGCACACACUAGCAUAGAUUCCAAAGCUCAUCCUAGUCCCUUGAGAUCAGAAGCUGCUCGAACGCGUCGCGUAAUGUUCGAGAAUCACUCCAUAAAGGACAUCGCAGGUCAACAGCACAAGGCAAACAUCGGGCAGUCCGGAGCCUUUUCUCGAGCAAAUACAACGCGCUAGUUCUUACAUCACCGUGUAUCUCCACGACUGGCGGCUGUAACAGGCACAAUGCCUCAGUAGCAUCCCCACUAGGCCGCUCGACGAGAACAAGAACGACUGCAUUGCACGGAUGGCGUUGUGUGAUACCCAAAUAUCUCAUUGUUCCGC